ACCCAGCUUUUCGUUCCGAAUUUCGACAUUUUCCGUUCGAAAAAUACCCUAAAUUGUGUUUACUAGUACAUACUGCAUUGGAGCAUGCCGUCCGAUCAGAUUCAAUACUCGGAGAAGUACUACGACGACGUGUACGAAUACCGGCACGUUAUCCUUCCGCCUGAGCUUGCUCGAAACGUACCCAAAUCGCACCUGAUGACUGAAACCGAGUGGCGUAACCUGGGCGUUCAGCAGUCACCCGGCUGGGUGAUGUAUAUGAUGCACGCUCCGGAACCCCACAUCCUGCUGUUCAGACGACCGCGCACGGACCUGACUAAAAGGCCCAAUACCUCCAGUGGGGGAUCUUCCAAAUUGGCUGCAUGAACAGCGUACUUCCUCUCCCACAUAAUCUUAAUGUUAGUCUUUGAUAAGCUUCCCUCCCCUCCCACACUCUCUUAAUCUCAUUUAUCGGUAUGUAAAUUGGAAGUUUCUUUCAAAGAAAGGAAGUUGUUUUCUUGCUCAUGUGUUAAUUUUAUUCAUUUUUAUAAAAUGUGUAAAUAAAAUCCAUUUUUUUACAAGUAAAAUGUGUUUGUACUCUCUGUUGCGUGUGGAAUUCCAUUUAGCGCCGAGUGAGAC